AUGCUGCGCCGACAGAUCUUGCGCCGACUUACAUUAUCGCCGCCUAUGCGCCUACGUGUGCCACAGCCAUUAAUGGCGUUGUCCAUGCGAUCGAUGGGCUCGCAGCAUCAGCAGCACGGCGGCGAGAAGCCGAUCAAAGCGGACCAGCCCGAAACCGCCUGGGACCGCACACUUCAAGAGGCGCUAGAUCAGGCUAAGCGCGAGCUUGAUUUAGAGCGCCGGCUGGCCGAAACAGACAGCCCGGCAAAGCCCGAGCCAAAACCGGAACCCGAGCCAGAGGAAGACAACGACGGCGACCAGCCGAUGGACUAUCUAACAACGGUAGGUCGGGUGAUGGUCGAGCUGCCACACCAGCUGGAGGGGUUCUUUGAGCAUGGGUUGGAGCCGGGCAUCUACAGCGAGCAGCUGAGGUUUAUUGAACGCACACACAUGGGCCUGCACCUGUCGAGCCGUACCCAAUAUAUGGGCAUGGCGCGUGUCUUGCGAAUUGCCAUGAGCGCGUAUUUCAGUAAUCCGACGCUGACGGUCGUGCAGAUUCGGCAGGUCCCAGUUUCUGAUUCGCCGCCGGCCGAGGAACAGGAGGAAGCGACAGAUGGAUGGAAGGGCCCGCAUGGAGCAGACGCAGCAGCAGCCACACAGAAUAAGAGGUUCGAGGUGUAUGUGCGGUGGGUGUUUGAGGGAAUGCCAAGACAUGCAGACCUGAUUGGCGGUGGCGGGUCGAUGUAUGAGGGCGAGUUCAGAUACAGGCUGGAUCAGCGCUCGGGGCUCAUUGCCGUGCAUGAAGUCACGGCCAUCCACCCAACUCCACCCACCGCCGUGCUAUCCAGCUCCGGCCUGGCCCGGCUGGCUGGGUGGUUCUCGCCGCGCGGCUCUCUGUCGCUGACCAAAAAGACACCCAGGAGCUGCUUGUAA